UCCACUUCUCUUUUUCCUUUGUGUGGACAAAUGCAUUCCCUCUUUUCUCUUACGCUCUCUCUCACUCUCGUCCAUGGCGACCACCGCAUCUACGUCUCUCCCACGUAACUACUCCUUCACUCCUCCUCGUCCAAUUCCCUCUUUCAUCCGCGGUUCGCUUCUGGCUAGAUCGUUUCCGUGCUAUCUCCGCCGCGAUCGCCGGUUGGCUCUCACCUACCGAUUGGACCAGAAUUCGAAGCAGAGGAGUGGUGGGAACGUAAGAUGCGAGGCGACGGAGGUAUCUUCUUCCUCUGUUACUUCCCCUGGAAGAAACUGGGUGCCGGUUGUGCCGCUAUCGGCGCUUCCGAAAGGUGAACGGAGAGUGAUUAUUCAAGAUGAUGAGACGAUACUGCUGCUUUGGUACAAGAACGAUGUGUUCGCGAUUGAGAAUCGCUCUCCGGCGGAAGGAGCUUACAGCGAGGGACUUCUCAACGCUAAGCUAACUCAGGAUGGUUGCAUUGUGUGCCCAUCAACGGAUAGUACAUUUGAUCUUAGAACCGGAGAGAUCCGGGAAUGGUACCCCAAAAACCCGGUUCUGAGAGUCUUGACACCUGCACUGAGAAAACUAUUCGUUUACCCUGUCAAAUUUGAUGAAGAAAACAUCUACAUCAGCAUCAGAGGCAACGGGAAAACCGAUGCAGCUGCGGAGAUCGUCUUCAGUGGAAAAGCUCAGCCUGGACUCACAGCAACAAAUGUCAAUGUAGACGAGGUGAGAAUGGUGGUGGACGAGGGUUCUGAAGGAUUUGGUUUCUCGGCGAAGAACGAAGUGAUAAACGGGAAAGCGGCAGUGAUAGGGUUCUUGCUGCUGUUAGAUUUUGAGUUGUUGACAGGUAAAGGUCUGUUGAAAGGGACAGGGUUCUUGGACUUCCUUUACUCUGCUUCAGAUGCUUUCAAGUAGAGAGAGCGAUAUAUAUCUGUAAAGAUGCUAUCUUUGGUCUGGUUUUGCUUACCUCCUUGUGCAAUUUGUGGAAGCAUUAUCCAACAAAUGGAGAUACAAAAAAUACUUACUCACACCAUAUAUAGAGAUGGAUGAUUUUGUCUUUGAUUUUGUGUGUUAGCCUCAUAUUCUUUGUUCUUUGUGAGUUACAAAUUAUGGCCUUCAAGCUUUUUCCCAGUAUAUGUUGUGUUUGACACACAACGCAUCACAUUAGCAAAACCCAACUCGACAAGAGAAACAUGUACUUCUCUCGACGCUUAUAUUACUCAAAAGAUGCAUUUGAGUUCAA